AUGGAAGAAUCACCUCUGGUUGACUGUGUCAAUGAGGUUGCCAUCCGCAUCUUUGAGGAAUGCAGGAGGACACGGACUAGUUCCAUCGACAAAGGAAACAAGGUUUUUGCUGCUGAGGAGAGGGAGCAUUUGGGCUUGCCAGAGGGGAUCUUUCAUGCUGGUCACAAUAAUCUCUCAAGGCUACUUCCAGAAGAUAUCUAUAAUGCUACCAAACUCGAAGAAGUUGUAAUACCUCUUAAUUCACUAUAUGGAGGCAUUAGUGAUAAAAUUGUCAACCUCACAAUCCUUGACCUCUCCUUCAAUCAACUAAGCCCAGUGCUCCCUCUCCGUUUGGGUAAGCUGUCCAGGUUAAAAAUCGUAAUCCUCAAUUUCAACGACCUGCAAGGUCCAUUGCCCCAAUCUUUGAUGAAUUGCGCCAACCUUGUAGAACUACGUUUGGGACAAAAUGACUUGGAAGGAAACAUUGGGAAGCUUAAUUUCUCCAAACUUGUUCAGCUUACCAAACUUGACCUGUAUAGGAACAAGUUCAUUGGUCGACUACCUAUAUGGUUGGCAAAGCUAAAGAGUCUAGAGAUCUUGACUCUGCAAGGUAACAAAAUCACAGGGACAAUUCCUAGCUGGUUGGGGACUAAUCUACCAAGACUUUUUCAUAUAAGCUUGGCAAUAAACCUUAUUUCAAGUGAACUUCCAAAAGAACUUUGUAGAGUACCGGCGUUGGUACAUGAACCUGUUGCAGCUCAAGCAAAUUAUGAACUCGAAUUACCUCUUUACACGGACACAGACAGUUUGCCCCGCAAAUUGGCUAACUUUCCUCCAACGAUAGAUCUCCCUAUUAACAACAUUGCCGGUAAUAUACCGCCUGAGAUUGGCCAACUGCAGCUUCUUCGUUACUUGCUUCUAGACGAGAACAACUUCUCCGGCAACAUUCCAGAUCAAAUGUCUAACCUUAAGAACUUAGAAUAUUUGAAUCUCUUCACGAAUCACUUGUCCGGAAAAAUCCCAUCGUCUCUGGCGAGCCUUAAUUUCUUAAAGGCAAUUGAUGUCUCGUACAAUAAUCUCGAAGGUCCAAUCCCAACAAGCACUCAGCUCCAAAGCUUUGAAGCUUCUGCAUUUGAGGGGAAUCCAAAACUUUGCGGUGCACCGCUUCCAAACGAGUGUCGCAGUGAUGCGCAUGAUAAGAAUAACCGAGAUGAUGAGGACGAUGGGCAUCAACUACCGUGGUUUCAUAUUUCCUCUGCGUUCGGGUUUAUUUUCGGAUUCGGGGGAGUAUGUGGUUCUUUGAUCGUGAAGAAGACAUGGAGAUAUGCGUACUUUCGGUUCACAGACAAUGUAGAAGAUAGGCUUUAUGUCAUGUUAGCAGUGCACAUGAAUAGCAUGAAUGAUGGCUUAGCUAAAUAG